AUGACUGAUAAAUGUUGUUUUGAAUCUUUGGAUACUUCACUUAGGGAUAUAUUGUCAUACUGUUAUACAUCAGGAACUGUUCCACCGUUUGGUGGUAUGCCGAUUGUGCUUGGUGGCGAUUUUCGACAAAUACUACCAGUUGUGACUGAGGGAACAAAGUGUGAUGAUUUUGAUAAAGAUGCGGCAUGGAUAGAAAUACCGCCUGAUAUGUUAAUUGAUAACCCACCUGAUCCAAUUCGGUCUAUAUUUGAUGCUACAUACCCAUAUUUUGAAAGAAAUUAUAACAAUUUCAAUUAUAUUAGAGAGCGUGCAAUCAUCACACCUAAAAAUGUUACUGUGGCUGAGAUUAACAAUUAUGCAAUAGAUCUGUUGCCUGGUCAUAUGAUGAGCUACCUAAGUUGUGAUUCCAUAUGUUCAACAAAUGAUAAUGCCGAGAAUUUGAGUUUAUCAUAUCCACCAGAAUUGUUAAACAGCAUUGAAAUAAGUGGAUUGCCAUCACAUAAGUUAGUUUUGAAAAAAGGGAUGCCUGUUAUGUUACUCAGAAAUUUGAACCAAACAAAUGGUCUGUGCAAUGGGACAAGGUUGAUCAUUACAAAUCUUUUUGAGAAGAUUAUUGAGGCUAGAGUGUUAACAGGAACUCAUAUGAAUCAGAAAGUUUUUUUGCCUAGGAUUGUAUUAACUGGGUCUGACAUAAAGUGGCCAUUUAUUUUGAGGAGAAGGCAAUUUCCUAUUAGAGCAUGUUAUGGAAUGACAAUAAAUAAAAGUCAGGGUCAGUCGUUAAAACAGUUACAUGCUCAAAUUCCUGAAUAUUGGUUUGACUUUGUGGAAUUUAAUCAGCUUCCACAACUGGAGGAUGAUGACAGAGUGCUGACAGAAAACACCAUUAGUAACACUGGGAUGAGUACAUGUGUCUAUAUUAAUCCAGACAUUCUUGAGCUGAAUAACUUUAGAGGAAACUUCAAUAAGCCUUUUCAUGCUCCAAAGAUCAUGAAUGGGCCAUCUGCGUACUAUUGUUUAUCACCAAAUUGA